GCCCCGGUGUGCCUUAAGCGGGGCGGCUGUGUUACGCGCUUCGCUCCGCGGUGGAGGAGCGUUGUUAUUGUUGUGAUGUUGAGACUUGGUGGAGUCCAGCUGGAGGAGCUAGCUGCGGCUAACGUAGCGUAGCUGGGUCGCAGCUUCCUCGUCGCGUUUAAACGAGAUUUAUCGAAACUUCUGGACCCAAAAUCUCAGCUGAAACGGUGGUGUGCGUUUGGUACGAGCUGUAUGUUUGUGACGGGCCCGGUUUCGCCGUUUAAGUCCACGCAUAAGGCGCGAUAUCUGUCGUUAGCUGGGUGUCUGUUUUUGUGGCUAGCCGGGGUUAGCUGCCCGCCGCCGUGCUGCGUAGGCUGCCAGCCGGCCGGCUGGCUCGCUUCGCUCUGCCUAAAGCUUGACAGGCUGGCGUACAGCUAGCCCGUGAGCUAACCGUGAAGCCGACUAAAGCCGGACCGAUCUAGGGACGGUACUCGCUGGCCCCGUUUCUGAGACGCACGUUACUGAGGCGGGCUGCUUCAGAGCCGCUGUGGGCGCGCGUUCUGACCAGUGGUCUGGUCAGAAAUCAGGGCUGAAGCUCCUUAGUCGAGUUGCUGGUGUAGUUAGUUAGCCACCUUAGUUAGCUGGCAGACAGAUAUGUGGAUGUAGAGAACAUAGUUGAUGUUUAAAAAAUAAAUAAAUACGAAUCUAUUUUCACUCAACAGGUCUUCGGAAUUAUGAGGUUGAAGCUUUUGCGUUAAUGCGAGGCGGGAGCUGACGUUAAGUUACCGGGAGAGGCGUAAUCAGCUGCUGUGGCUCUGUCGCCUCUGACAUUGUCUUGUAUUUUGAAUGAGAAGUAGUCGACCAUGCCCUGCGAUGGACUGGCGACCUUCCGCCCGGUGACCACUGGGAUAGGCUCCAGCAACCUCGGCGACCCUGAGGGAGAAGCGGCUUAGAAGUCGGAUGGAUGGAUGGAAGUAGUCGACCAGUGUUGCCCGGUGUGGGGCGCGUAAAUGCUUGGUUCUUGCUGUGCUUGAUCAUCGACAAGAACAUGUUUACUGGCCGGGCACAUGUUUAGUCAGGUUGUGUGUGUGUGUGUGUGUGUGUGUGUGUGUGUGUGUGUGUGUGUGUGUGUGUUAGCUCAUGCUGGCGCACGUAUUAUAUGACGCUGUUCAGUCACCGUCUGGCUCGAGAGUCUGUACAGAGCUGUUCGUCGCCGGUUGUGUCCACCGAUGUCCAGUCUGGGUUCAACCGAAACUGUAGUAGCAAAUGGUGAUGAGCCUGCGUGUCUCGGAGCUACAAGUACUCCUGGGAUACGCAGGGCGUAACAAGCAUGGGAGAAAGCACGAACUCUUGACCAAAGCACUCCACUUGUUGAAGGCUGGCUGCAGCCCUGCCGUGCAGAUGAAGAUCAAGGAGCUCUACCGCCGCCGCUUCCCCACAAAGAUGGUGUCUCCGACAGACCUCUCCCUCCCGGGGGUCCACUCCACGACUGGCGGAGGUCAUGGAGGCUUGGCUGCCAGCCUCACCCCGCUUGGGUUCGACAGCCACAGCACUCCUUCGCCUCUGCUACCUGUCUCUCUUCUGGGCCCUAAGCAUGAGCUGGGCCUCCCACACCUACCUUCUGCCCUGCACCCUGUUCACCCAGAUGUCAAGCUUCAGAGGCUGCCUUUCUAUGACGUCCUGGAUGAGUUGAUCAAGCCCACCAGCCUGGCCUCAGACAACAAUCAGAGGUUUCAGGAAACAUGCUUUGCAUUUGCAUUGACACCUCAGCAAGUCCAGCAGAUCAGCAGCUCCAUGGACAUCUCUGGGACCAAAUGUGACUUCUCAGUACAAGUUCAGCUAAGGUUUUGCCUAUCAGAGACGAGUUGUCCUCAGGAAGACCAUUUCCCACCCAACCUCUGUGUGAAAGUGAAUGGGAAGCCCUGUAACCUCCCCGGCUAUCUUCCUCCGACUAAAAAUGGAGUGGAGCCAAAGCGACCAAGCAGACCCAUCAACAUUACCUCCCUAGUUCGGUUGUCCACAACAGUCCCCAACACUAUUGUGGUAUCUUGGACAUCAGAAAUCGGAAGGAGUUAUUCCAUGGCUGUGUACCUUGUCCGACAGCAGUCUUCUUCAGUAUUGCUACAGAGACUUCGGUCAAAAGGAAUCAGGAACCCAGACCACUCCAGAGCACUCAUUAAAGAGAAGUUGGCGGCUGACCCAGACAGCGAAAUCGCUACCACUAGCCUGAGAGUCUCCCUGCUCUGUCCGCUGGGGAAGAUGCGGUUGAUGAUUCCCUGCCGAGCGCUGACCUGCUCGCACCUGCAGUGCUUCGAUGCUACGCUCUACAUCCAAAUGAACGAGAAGAAACCCACCUGGGUGUGUCCAGUCUGUGACAAGAAGGCCCCAUACGAGCACCUCAUCAUCGACGGGUUGUUUAUGGAGAUACUGAACAGCUGUGUAGACUGUGAUGAGAUCCAGUUUAAGGAGGAUGGCAGCUGGGCUCCUAUGAGAUCCAAGAAGGUGGUGCAGGAGGUGUCUGCCUCCUCUAAUGGCCUGGAGGGUUCGUGUCGAGCAGUUGUGUCUGACCACAGAAACAGUUCGUCCAAUAGCAGCAGUAGUAACAGUAAAAAAGUGGAAGUGAUUGACCUGACUCUGGACAGCUCCUCAGAAGAUGAUAAUGAUGAAGAGCCUCCACCUAAACGAGCCUGUCCAUCUCUAUCACCAACUUCACCCCCUGUCAGCAAAGGGGUGUUGAAUCUUCAUCAUCAGGCAUCCCCAGUGACGCGAGCUCCCAGCAUGCCAGCGGUGGAAACAAACUACAUCCCCCCUCCCCCUCCUCUCAUUCAGGACUACCGCCACUAUUACCACACAACCAGCGACCUGUCAGAUCUGAAUUUCUUUUCAUUUCUACAAGGGGAAAAUCAUCCGCAUUACAACAUGGUGAUGGCAGCUGCAGCCGCAGCGUCGGCCUCAGCGUCGGCUUCAGAAGACCACGAGCUCCUUCUGAACCGCUUCAUGCCCUACAACUCUUCGCAGCUGUACCUGGAGCAGGCGGGCACACCUGUGAGCGGUUCGCUGGCACCAGUGAACGGCAGCGGGGGAAGCAGCAGUGGUAGCAGCAGCAGCCUGGUGUCCUCCAGCAGCCUGCGGGACACGCACCCCCACAGCAGCAUGUCCCGCUCACGCUCAGACGCUGCCGCCUCCGUCAUAUACGGCUCCAUCCCCGAUGUCAUCUCACUGGACUGACCACACGAGGGCGCCCCACCCAAAGACUAGCCCUUACCACCAUCCAUGGGAGACGAGAGAAAUUUGGUGUGCUCCAAGAGGAUUUAGAUAUGAAUGGGGCAGGGAAAGCAGCUGGGGGGGGGGAGAACAAAGACUUUUGUACAAAGAAGAGAAGAAGAAGAAAAAAUGCUGUACAGAGAAGAAAUAUCUAUUUUCAGUUUUACUUUUGUACAUAACCAACAGGACGCUGCCUGCCCAGCGAGUGACUUCAGUUGAGAUUUUUUGUGUGGAUACUGAAGAUGUUUUUUCACUGCUCUGUGUGUCGUCCCUUGACUAUCUUAUUCUGUACCUUUUAUACUCUUUUUUGGUAUUUUGCUUCACCACAAACACUUUCAGUCCUAAUCACGGAAUCAGAUUCAUCUUGGUCAGUUUUUCCUCGUCUUAUCGUAAGACUCUGGCCUCAGACAUUGUUUUGGUCUUUUGAGGGGUCAGUAUGUUAUUUAAUUAAACGUUCUUGUGCAGGUAAUUUAUGAAGCUUUUAACUUAUGUAGUUUGUAUGCUGUAUAAAAAGCAUUUCCUUAUGCCAUUACAGGAUCUAGCCAUGAGGCACGCUCGGAACGGAAGCGGCAAUCACCUCUAAUUCCAGCUUUGCAUUUACUUCCUCCCAGCUCUCCUUUCUAAUAUUUCUAAAAGAAAAUGAGUUUUGAGCAAAUCAUGCAGAAAUCUCAUUUUGAAAUGAUCUAAUCUGUUGUGAGUCAUUCAUCAGUUGAGCAAAAAUAAAUAAAUUAGAGACAAAAUUGGAAGUGUUGAGUAGGGUAUGAUGUGUUUAUGAAGUAAAUGACUUGAGGAAUUUUGUUUUAUAACAGAAGAAUGAUGGAGGUGUUCCAUUCUAUCCACCUUCAGACCUUAAGGGACACUGAAAUUAGAUUGUAUUUAGAGCCCUCCUUAAGGGCACAUUGGCUUUAUUUCAGGAGCCAAGCACUGAGUUUUAUGUUGAAGGAGGAUCUGCUUUUGGCUCAAGCUCUCUCGUAUUAAACGUGCUGCCUGUGCUGAUUAUUAGCCUUCAUUUCUUCUCAGACAUCAGAACCACUUCCAUUCAACUGUCCCAGUUACCACAUUAUCCUGAGCUGCGCUCAUUUGCAGUGAUCAUAUAUUUCUGUCUGUCUAUGUGGUCACCGUGUUCAGGGUGUAUUCAACUUGAACACCCCCCAUGGUCAGAAAUGGAAACAAAUGCAUAAACAAAGAAAUCCGAACCUUGUCUUGGCUGCCUGGAAGUGGUUAAAGCGGGCAUUGUAUUCAGCAUAGGUCUCCUGAUGUCUCUUCCAAUGGUUUGGAUUAACAGUUGGCAUAUUCUCAUAGUCCUCGGGGCUGUGGUGAUCAUCUCUCUGAGUUUCUUUAAAGGGAUAGUUUAACAUUUUGACGAUGUAUUUUUUUUCUUACUGAUGAAGAGGAGUACUGUUAUUUUCCCUCCUCCCUCUCAUUCUACAUACAGUCCGAAUGGGCUGUUUAUCAUGAUGGAAUAUCUACAGAAUCUUAAUACUGAAACAGGAGAUCCCUGUUCUGAUGCAACAUUUACAUAUUCAACAGAUAUAUGUAAAUUAUUUGAGAAAUAUUGAUAUUUGAGAUAUUAAGGGCCUGUGAAUCAUGACGCUUUACGAUGAUUAGUGACGAUUAACUGCAAUAUAAAUAAUUGAAAAACAAUUUAAUUGUAUGCAACUAUUAAAGUACAUGCCUAAAAUGGCUUAAUUGGCAGGUAGUUGUUGAUAAUAACUCAAGCUCAACCAAAUAUGACUCACUGCUGCCCUCUAAAGCGAUAAGUCAGAACUUACAAAUUCUGUCUAUUCUUGCAUUUUUUAAUUUUAUUUUAUUGCCACAGCCAAGUAGAUGAAAAGGUCAUUUACGUUCUGAUGUUACACUUAAAAUGUGACAGUAAAAGCUUACGAUUAUGUAAUAAUUGUGACGGGCCUGCCACCGCCUCCGUGAAUUUUCACCGGCAGGACUGAAGCUGUUAUAAGGGAGUUGUGUAGCUGUUCCUGUAGAUUCCUACAUCCUACAGCAUAACAGACAGUAAAGCCGUGGAAUUUGUGCACGUAGAAGGAAAACCUCGACUGCCAAAAUGUUUAACUAUCCUUUUAAGUUCUAUUAAUUGUUUUUGCAGGUGAGCUCACAGCUGCCUCAUCUUUGCUGCCCCCCCCACCCCUUUUGUAUAAAACCGAAUUUAUUUAUUUUAAUCUAUAUAUUUUUACUAUUUGUUUGACAAUUAUGCUUUACUGUCAUGUCAUUGAACAUUUAUUUCCUUAUUAAUUAUUUAAAGAGCUCUUGUCACUUGCAUUGCAUUGUAACAAGUAUCUUUUUAUUUGUCCUCGUGUCUCUCGUUCUCUCAUAUUGAUCUUUGUGCUGUACCAGAUGGUUGAGGCAUUAAUUCCAUCUCCUGAAUCUAUCAUGCUGUGUCAGAUUUGACUUUUUUUGUUGCAAUUAAACACUUAAACAGUGAAUGCCA